AUGGCCUCGGAUGGACCCACCAAGGUGGUCACACCGCCUUCUCCCAGCGAGAAGCACUCGGAUGCCUACCCCUCCACCGCUGUUCUCGAAUCUGGCCUCAAUCCCAGUCAGCCCCUCGAAGAUCACGAAGAGUACGGUCUUCACAAAUCCCUGAAGCCUCGCCACCUUAUCUUCAUCUCCAUUGGUGCUUGUGUCGGUACGGGUAUCUUCCUCGGUGUCGGGAACUCGCUCAAGAAUGGUGGUCCUCUCGGUUUGCUCAUGGGCUACAGUUUGAUCGCUUCUAUCGUAAUCGCCGUCAUGAUCAUGGUCUGUGAGCUCACCACCUUCCUCCCUGUUUCGGGUGGUCAUAUUCGUCUUGCAGGAAGGUUUGUUGACCCUGCUCUCUCAGCAGCGAUGGGAUGGAACUAUUUGGUUUGCUGGACCCUUAUCUUGGCCGCAGAGUUAAGUGCUGCCGCUGUGUUGGUCUCGUACUGGAUUCCCACUACCCAGGUCAACCCCGCCGUAUGGAUUGCCAUUGGUUCAAUCAUUGCAUUGGGCCUUAACGCUUUCGGAGCAGGGAUCUACGGCGAAGCAGAGUUCUGGUUCGCAAGUAUCAAGGUCGUCACUAUCCUUGGUUUGAUCUUUGUUUCCAUCUUUAUCACCUCCAAAGGUGGUCCUAAUGGACAAUCGAUCGGAUUCAAGUACUGGGAUGACCCUGGACCGUUCGUUCAGUUCCAUGGUAUCGAUGGAACUACUGGUCGCUUCCUUGGAUGGUUCAACGUCCUCACCCAGGCCAGUUUUUCGAUGGUCGGCGCCGAAAUGUUGGCGCUGGCCGCAGCAGAGUGUCGUAACCCUCGACGAGUCCUUCCUGUUUGCUUGCAGACAGUGUGGAUUCGAAUCGUCUUUUUCUACACCAUCUCGGUAUUCAUGGUCGGUCUUAUUGUUCCAUCCAACAACCCCCGUCUUGGAGCCGAUUCCACCGCCGCUGCCUCGCCCUAUGUUAUUGCUAUCCAAACAGCACGCAUCCGUGUCCUACCACACAUCAUCAAUGCCGCAAUCAUCACGUCAGCACUCUCUGCCGGCUGCUCCGAUCUCUACACCACCUCCCGUGCCCUCUAUUCCCUCGCACAAAAGAAGCAAGCACCUAAGAUCUUCACCCGAACAACUAAAAAUGGCGUUCCUCACUACGCCGUUCUUGUCUGCUGGCUCGUUGGAUGUCUUGCUUACCUCGGAAGCUCUACUGGUUCAGGCCAAGUCUUCAACUUUCUCGUCAACCUCACUGCUCUAUCCGGCAUUUUGACUUGGUUCUCGAUUGCGAUCACCUACUUGAGGUUCCGAGCUGGACUUAAGAAGCAAGGUAUCUCCCGUUCAACGCUGCCUUGGAAGUCUUCCCUCUCUCAUUUCGCCGCCUACUGGACUUUGGUGGUUAUUGGACUGGUGCUUGUUUUCUCGGGUUGGGAAGUGUUCAGGCCAGGAAAGUGGAACUCGGCGAGCUUCUUUAGCAAUUAUUUGCCGCUGAUGUGGUUCCCUGCUAGUUAUCUGGGGUUCAAGUUUAUGUGGAAGACAAAGAUUGUUAGCACCACCGAAAUGGACUUUGUUACGGGUGUCAAGGAGAUUGAGGAGGAUAUGAGGAGGUGUGAUGAGGAGGAUGAGUUGAACAAGCCUACGACGACGCUGGGUAAGAUCGCCAAGUAUUUUGAGUAA